CUCGCCCUGCGGGGUGAGACUGGGGCGCAGGCGCGCGCGCUCACUGUGACGGGGCUCGGGUGCCAGCUUGUGGGUACCUCCCAGGGAAGGCAUUGAUCUCCCUCCCUCUCUGCAAGAUGGCUGAGGUAGAAGAAACCCUUAAGCGAAUUCAGAGUCAAAAGGGGGUCCAAGGAAUCAUCAUUGUUAAUUCAGAAGGCAUUCCCAUCAAAAGCACCAUGGAUAACCCCACCACAGUGCAGUAUGCAGGCUUAAUGCACAACUUAAUAAUGAAGGCAAGAGGGACCGUGCGAGAUAUUGAUCCCCAGAAUGACCUCACGUUCUUGCGGAUUCGCUCCAAGAAAAACGAAAUCAUGGUUGCGCCAGAUAAGGACUAUUUCCUGAUUGUCGUUCAGAAUCCAUCGGAGUGAAAUCCUCUCAAAAUGACCUUCAGUUCCUUAUACUUAAAUGUAUUUUUAUUUAACGUCCAAAAAGCUGUUAGUAAAUAAUUGUUUGUGCCACAUUAAUAAUGUCUGAGAGAGAUUCUGUUUUUAACUGUUAAAUGUAAAUUCAAGGAGUAUCUUCAUAUAACUAAAAUGUAACUAGAUGAAGAAGAAAAGCAAGGAAAUCAGGCUAACUUAAGUGUCAAAGAUUUUUUUCCAGAAAAUGUAAUUGUACAGGACAUGUUGUCUGAAACCUUUCUAAUCAUAAAUUAGUUUUUCUUUUGCAUCCUUUUUAUUUUGACACUUAUUUAAAUUUGGAAGAUGCUGUUUCUUCUGAAACUGAUUAAAAGAAUAGAA